UUGCCUGUGGUAAAGACGUAGCGAAGGGCGGUACCACAGGAGGUGGCGGGUGGGGGGAGACUGAGGAGCAACAGCUGCUAAUGGACUGGCCUGGCUCCUCCUACCGGGUUGCGGGUUAGUGUGAGGCGGGCGGCGGGGGACAAGGAGCGGAGAGAAACUCUGGGCCUGACUGGGAUUUAUUGGCACCCGACGUUGUCUGGACCGGGAUCUCCUCUCACUCCCCGGGACCCGUAUGUUCCAUUGCCAGCAGGCAGGGCUGCAGCACUAGCGACUAAUGGAGCACAUACAAGGUGCCUGGAAGACUCUGAGCAAUGGCUUUGGGUUUAAGGAGUCUGUGUUUGAGGGGAGCAGCUGUAUGUCCCCCACCAUUGGGCACCAGUUUGGAUACCAGCGUCGGGCAUCAGAUGAUGGCAAACUCAGCGACACGUCCAAGACUAGCAGCACCAUGCGUGUGUACCUACCCAACAAGCAGAGGACAGUGGUUAAUGUGAGGAGUGGGAUGAGUUUACACGACUGUCUCAUGAAAUCCCUGAAGGUCCGAGGGCUCCAACCCGAAUGCUGCGCAGUUUUCCGACUGAUUCAGGAUCCAAAGGGGAAGUUGCGCUUGGAUUGGAAUACAGACGCCAUGUCACUAGUUGGAGCGGAGCUGCAGGUGGAUUUUCUCGAUCACGUUCCUCUCACAACACAUAAUUUUGUGCGCAAAACGUUUCUAAAACUGGCGUUUUGCGAUAUCUGCCAGAAGUUUCUUUUAAAUGGCUUUCGCUGCCAGACGUGCGGCUACAAGUUCCACGAGCAUUGCAGUACCAAGGUGCCCACCAUGUGCGUCGACUGGAGCAACAUCCGACAGCUGCUAUUAUUUCCCAAUCCAAACAAUAUAGAAGGGGGCAGCCAUACGUUACCUUCGCUGACAAUGAGGCGAAUGCGAGAAUCUGUCCGGAUUCCAGUCAGCUCCCAGCAGAGAUAUUCAACUCCUCACCCGUUCUCCUUCAGUACCCCCAGUCCUGUUUCUGAGUGCUCCCUAUCCCAGAGACAGAGAUCCACUUCCACCCCCAAUGUGCACAUGGUUAGUACCACAAUGGCCGUGGACAGCCGAGUGAUUGAGAAUAACUGGCUGAAUGUGUCCCCCAGCUCCUGGGGCCGACAGCUCUGUAUGAGAGGAAGAGAUGCGCUGCGGAGUCACAGUGAGUCAGGUGAGAAUUUCUCUUAUUCUCUCUGUAAUUAUUCUCAGUGCAUUGUGGGUAAUGACUGUUUCUUCUCAGGGAGCCCCAAUAAUCUGAGUCCUACAGGUUGGUCCAAUGCUAAAGCGCCCGCCCCCACGCACAGAGAGAAGGCGGCUUCAUCCACUGGCCAAGAAAAGAACAAAAUACGGCCCCGUGGGCAGAGAGACUCCAGUUAUUACUGGGAAAUAGAGGCCAGUGAGGUUAUGCUCUCUUCAAGGAUUGGAUCGGGCUCUUUCGGAACAGUAUACAAAGGAAAAUGGCACGGGGACGUGGCGGUGAAAAUCCUGAAGGUGACGGAUCCGACUCCAGAGCAACUUCAGGCUUUCAGGAAUGAGGUUGCGGUACUCCGGAAAACGCGGCACGUGAAUAUCCUGCUGUUCAUGGGGUACAUGACCAAAGACAAUCUGGCCAUCGUCACUCAGUGGUGUGAGGGGAGCAGUCUGUACUAUCACCUCCAUGUCCUCGACACCAAGUUCCAGAUGUUUCAGCUCAUCGACAUCGCCAGGCAAACGGCACAAGGGAUGGAUUACCUCCAUGCAAAGAACAUUAUCCACCGGGACAUGAAAUCAAACAAUAUCUUUCUCCAUGAGGGAUUAACUGUGAAAAUUGGAGACUUUGGCUUGGCCACGGUAAAGACCAGGUGGAGCGGAUCCCAGCAGGUGGAGCAGCUGACUGGCUCCAUACUUUGGAUGGCCCCAGAAGUGAUCCGCAUGCAGGACAAUAACCCCUUCAGCUUCCAGUCAGACGUCUAUUCCUAUGGGAUUGUGUUAUAUGAGCUGAUGACCGGGGAGCUGCCAUACUCACACAUUAGGGACAGGGACCAGAUCAUAUUUCUGGUUGGACGAGGAGGGGUGGUGCCCGACCUUAGUAAACUCUACAAGAACUGCCCCAAAGCAAUGAAGAGACUUGUUGCAGAUUCUAUCAAGAAACUCCGGGACGAGCGACCCCUCUUCCCCCAGAUCCUUUCAUCCAUUGAGCUGUUACAACACUCGUUACCCAAAAUUAACAGAAGUGCUUCGGAACCCUCGUUACACCGCGCCGCCCACACAGAGGACAUCAGUUCAUGUGCAUUGACUUCAACCCGACUGCCAGUUUUCUGAUGAGACUGUCGCCCUCGCUCUGACUCUCUCACCAUCACCAAGUUCUCACCGAGCUCCGAGUACUUUAUCCAAACGGGACUUUAUUCAGCAUUUAUUCUACAUGUCAGCCAGUGGUUCCAGGGCCCCAGGAUAUUGCCGCUGAGACCCUCCCGCAUCACUGUUAUCAUGUGACACCCCAAUAUAGACUGCGGCCCUCCAGCCAGAGGAGGAACCAUCCAGCUCCUAUUGCAACUUUGCAGUUAUUUCAUUCCCGGAGCUUUAAGGUUUGAAGUAUUGUUCUUUUACCCCAAAUAAACUCUGGAAUAAUUCCUCCUGUGACGGAGCAGUUUUGGGGUGGGGAAACGAGUGGCGGGUCCUUUAUAUUGUUCUUUUACCCCAAAUAACCUGGGAUAUUCUCCCUGUGAUAGAGCAGCGUGGGGGUGGAAUGGAGUGGGGGGGUCCUUCAUAGACUUGAUUUACAGCUGAUGGACAUUGGGCACAGCAGGGGUUCCCUCCUGCAGUUUCACAGUGAUUCUGUGCAGGACCCGCCGGUGGCCACAUAUACCAAUGAAAAGGUCCCAGACGUGCACUAUAAGGUGAAUGGGAGUGAUACCGUUUGUUAUUAUUUGGUUUGGGUUUUAAUUGGUUCUUUUAUUGCUACUCAGAAGCUGCAGCUAUUGGCUGAUUUGUCAUAAAUUAAAUGUGUCUUACAUUUUA